AAACUACGACUAAUUAAUAAGCUGAAUCCCCGAGGAAUAUUACAACCUACAAUCAGAAACAAUGUGCAGCCCACAUGCUGUUGCUUUACCUUAUCCUUUACAAGGCCAUGUUAUUCCUUUACUGGAACUCUCACAACGCUUGGUUCAGCGUGGCUUCAGAAUCACCUUUGUCAACACAGAAUUCAAUCACACGAGAGUCAUGAAUGCGCUAGAAGAAAAGCAUGCUAUAGGUGAUCAAAUCCGCUUUGUAACGCUCCCGGAUGGAGUGGAAGAAGGGGAGGACAGAAAUGACAUCGGGACGUUAACUAAAGCGACUCUCCGCGUCAUGCCUGGAAAGCUGGAGAAGCUCAUUGAAGAUAUCAACAGAGAAGACGGUGAUAAGGUCAGUUGUAUUAUUGCUGAUGUGAAUAUGGGAUGGGGUGUUGAAGUUGCAGAAAAGAUGAAAAUCAAGGGAGUUAUCUUUUGGCCUCCAGCAGCAGGACUAAUGGCCAUGUCUUUCAGUGUGCCAAAGUUGAUGGAUGAUGGAAUCAUUGACAAAGAUGGAACAACAAUCAAAAAGCAGAUGAUCCAAUUAGCUCCAGGCAUGCCUACAUUCAACAGUGAUUUUUUUGUUUGGCACGGCAUUGGCGGCUUAACCACACAGAAAAUCAUCUUUAAUCUUGGUCUUCGAAACAAUGAAUAUAUGAAAAAGGCAGAAUUCCUGAUUUGUAACUCAACAUUCGACCUUGAGCCUGCAGCAUUCAAAUUGGUUCCCCAACUUCUUCCAAUAGGACCACUUUUAGCAAGCAGUCGCCUAGGAAAUUCUGCAGGAUACUUUUGGCCUGAAGACUCAACUUGUUUGAAAUGGCUUGACCAACAGCAGCCCCAAUCAGUCAUUUAUGCUGCAUUUGGCAGCUACACAGUUUUUGACCAAUCCCAAUUCCAGGAGUUAGCUCUAGGACUGGAACUCACCAAUAGGCCAUUCCUGUGGGUUGUGAGGCCAGGCAUUACUGAUGAUGCAAAUGAAGCCUACCCAGAAGGAUUUCAAGAAAGGGUCGCCGUGCGUGGCCAAAUGAUCGGUUGGGCGCCGCAACAGAAGGUUCUGAGCCACCCCUCUGUUGCCUGUUUCAUGAGCCAUUGUGGUUGGAAUUCCACCAUGGAAGGUGUAAGCAAUGGAGUUCCUUUCUUGUGCUGGCCAUACCUUGUUGACCAAUUUCUUAAUGAGAGCUACAUUUGUGAUGUUUGGAAAGUGGGAUUAAAGUUUAACAAAAACGAAAGUGGGAUCAUCACACGAGAAGAAAUCAAGAACAAGGUGGAUCAAGUGCUUUGUGAUGAAAGUUAUAAAGAAAGAGUUCUGAAACUCCAGGAAAAAACCAUGGAUAGUGUCAGAGAAGGUGGUCAGUCCAACAAGAAUUUUAAGAAUUUCCUGGAUUGGAUCAAGGCAUAAGGGAUCAUAUUUUUCAAAAUUUAACAUGUUGUUUUACUUUCUUAUAGAAUCGAAAAGAUCAGUUGUCAUAUCCUUCUUUUAAGCGUGUAUAAAAAUUCAAAAGUGUCUCUUGAUUAGGAAGUCUCACAAUGACAUGAAGAUGUCUUUGCAAUUAUGCCAUACGUCCAAAAAUAAGCAGCUAGUGAAGGAUGAACUCCGAAAGUGAUAUGAGAAACAGCAAAACAGAGAUAUGAAAAGACAAAGGAAACUAAAACAAGAAUCAAACGUUUCCUUGAGCCAACUUGAACUAGUUGUCAUGUCAACAAAAGGUCAAAAACAAGAAGCGUACAGCAUUAGAAUAAAAUCAAGUACUAAACAAGAAGUAGAGUUACAGCCAAAUGCAGGCCACCAAAUCUUAAGUUUAUCAAUCAGAAUUAUGUUCAAGUGAAGCUGUCCAGCAUCUGGCAAAACUUGAGUCACUCUUCCACUGCUCACAAAAUAGAUAAUUAAAGUUAACUGGAUUAAUAUAUCACAUUUCACAUCGUUUGCGAAAGAGUCAGAUGAAUCGGUUUAUAAGAUUCAAGUCCUCUUGGUUAAGUAGUAGACGCGCUCUGUGUUAAAAAGUUUGAAGUGAACUAUAUCUACUUGGUUUUCAACAUUAAA